GCACAACAACAUCCAUUCUCUCUCUACACAACUCCAACAAAAAGUGUAUUUUCUCUGAAACUCUCUUUGUGGAUCUCUCUGAUUCAAUAUGGAUGACAAAAGAAGCUUAAUGAUCAACAAGAACAUUGGGGAUUUCGAGAGCAACGUGGAAGAAGAAAUGGACCUAAGGAGAGGUCCAUGGACCGUUGAGGAAGAUUUCAAGCUCAUCAAUUACAUUUCUACUCAUGGUGAAGGCCGAUGGAACUCUCUCUCUAGUUGCGCCGGACUCAAACGGACCGGAAAAAGCUGCAGACUACGGUGGCUAAACUAUCUCCGGCCCGACGUCCGCCGUGGAAAUAUAACUCUUGAAGAACAACUCUUAAUUCUUGAACUCCAUUCCCGUUGGGGCAAUAGAUGGUCCAAGAUUGCACAAUAUUUACCAGGAAGAACAGAUAACGAGAUUAAAAACUAUUGGAGAACACGUGUGCAAAAGCAUGCAAAACAGCUUAGAUGCGACGUGAACAGUCAACAGUUUAAAGACACCAUGAGGUAUCUUUGGAUGCCUCGUCUCGUAGAGCGGAUCCAAGCCGCCUCCGCUUCAACCUCCACCGGUUCUGCCACCACUUCAUCUUGCGUCACCACCCCUUCAGAUCAGUUCAUGAUGACGUCAUACGAUGAGGGACUCAAUAACAAUAACAGUACCAACAUGGACCAUUUGGGUUUCAUGAGCAGCCCUAGUGGUCAUGUCACGCCGGAAACUUCCAGCGUGGUUGUAUCUCCUACGUCCGGUUUAACGGAGUAUCACAUGGGUAGUGAAGUGGGAAAGGUUGAGAAUAGUUAUUACAAUCAGGAUGAGAGUUUGGUGGGUCCACAAAUCAUGUUGCAGCCGCAGAAUUAUUUGGAUGAUAACGGUGGAUUAUUAAACGAAGAUUUAACGCAGAGUUAUCAUAAUUGGUUUGAAAAUGUUAAUGGAGUGUUACCUUCUUAUUCGGACAGUUUUUGGAACAUAGGGAGUGAUGAAGACUUUUGGCUCUUACAUCAACAACAACAGCAGCAGCUCGUCAACGAUGGAAGCUUCUGAAUAGACAAGUAAACAAGAAAAAAUAAGUAGUGGAUUAAUUAAUGUGUGAAAGGGAUUUGUAUUUGAAAAGGAGGGUUUUUAAAAAAAAAAAUAUUAGCAUAUUUAGAUAUAUUGGGGGAAAUUAGGAGUUUGUUAUUUUGGAGUCGAUUUGAUUGGUUUGUGUUCCUUUGGGAUUUGAUACUAUAUUUAUGCCAUUAUUUACAAAACAAUUUGGAAUCAAAUUAGUAACUGAAUGUCUUUUUAUUUUUGAUCGUUUAUGAAACU